GGCCCCGCCGCCCCGCCGCCCCGCGCCCGCCGCCGCCGCCGCCAUGGGCGUGCAGGGCUUCCAGGACUACAUCGAGAAGCACUGCCCGAGCGCCGUGGUGCCGGUGGAGCUGCAGAAGCUGGCCCGGGGCAGCCUGGUGGGCGGCGGGCGGCAGCGGCCCCCGCACACGCCGCUGCGCCUGCUGGUGGACGCCGACAACUGCCUGCACCGCCUCUACGGCGGCUUCUACACCGACUGGGUGAGCGGCGGCCAGUGGAACCACAUGCUCGGCUACCUGGCCGCGCUGGCCAAGGCCUGCUUCGGCGGCAACAUCGAGCUCUUCGUCUUCUUCAACGGCGCGCUCGAGAAGGCGCGGCUGCACGAGUGGGUCAAGCGGCAGGGCAACGAGCGCCAGACGGCGCAGCAGAUCGUCAGCCAUGUCCAGAACAAGGGCACCCCGCCGCCCAAGGUCUGGUUCCUGCCGCCCGUCUGCAUGGCGCACUGCAUCCGCCUGGCGCUCAUCCGCUUCCACGUCAAGGUGGCGCAGAGCAUCGAGGACCAUCAUCAGGAAGUGAUCGGUUUCUGCAGAGAAAACGGCUUCCACGGCUUGGUCGCCUACGACUCCGACUACGCGCUGUGCAACAUCCCCUGCUACUUUAGCGCCCACGCCCUCAAGCUGAGCCGGAAUGGGAAAAGUCUCACCACGAGCCAGUAUCUGAUGCACGAGGUCGCCAAGCAGCUGGACCUGAACCCAAACCGCUUCCCUAUCUUUGCCGCUCUGCUAGGGAAUCACAUUCUGCCUGACGAAGACCUGGCUUCCUUCCACUGGAGCUUACUUGGGCCAGAGCAUCCACUAGCCUCGCUGAAGGUCCGGGCCCACCAGCUAGUCUUGCCGCCAUGCGAUGUGGUGAUCAAGGCUGUGGCCGACUACGUCCGCAACAUCCAGGACCCCUCGGACUUGGAUGCCGUAGCUAAAGAUGUGUUCCAGCAUUCUCAGUCUAGAACAGAUGACAAAGUUAUUCGCUUUAAGAGAGCAAUUGGAUAUUACUCAGCGACUAGUAAGCCUAUGGCAUUUCACCCAGCACAUUACUUAGUAGAGUGUCUGCGAAAGGAGGAGAGUGACAAGCUGGCGGUGUUAAUCUUCACGCGUGAACCGGGGUCAGUCCCAAGAAAGACGGCCUUGUCACACAGCAGACAGUGUUCUGCUCAGUGGCUCGAGGCCAGACCAAAUCCGUUUGGAAUGCCUGGGAUCAUGCCACCGUAUGUCCCCCCCCAGAUGCUCAACAUUCCACAGACCCCUCUGCAAGCAAAACCUGUGGCCCCACAGGUGCCCAGCCCAGGUGCUGCGGGGCAGGGUCCACACCCGUACAGCCUCGCUGAGCCGGCCCUCACUUUGGAAACGAGUGGAAAGAGUCUGACAGAGCACAGCACCUACAGCAACAUUCCUCACGAAGGAAAGCAUACCCCACUGUAUGAACGGUCGUCCCCGAUCCACCCAGCUCCGGGCGGCAGCCCCAACCACGUGGAUUCAGCGUACUUUCCAGGGUCUUCGACAUCGUCGUCUUCCGACAACGAUGAAGGCGGCGGAGCAGCUGCAAACCAUAUUAGUGGGAGCAAAAUUGGCUGGGAGAAGACGGGAAGCCACUCAGAGCCGCAAGCACGGGGAGACCCAGGAGACCAAACAAAGACGGAAGGCUCGUCCACUGCUUCCUCAGGCAGCCAGCUCGCUGAAGGAAAGGGGAGCCAGAUGGGCACCGUGCAGCCGAUCCCGUGCCUCCUGUCCAUGCCCACCCGCAACCACAUGGACAUCACCACACCGCCCUUGCCCCCAGUGGCGCCUGAGGUACUGAGAGUGGCGGAGCACCGGCACAAGAAGGGGCUGAUGUACCCCUACAUCUUCCACGUCCUGACGAAGGGUGAAAUCAAAAUUGCUGUUUCUAUUGAAGAUGAAGCCAGCAAAGACCUGCCUCCCGCCGCCCUGCUCUAUAGGCCAGUUCGCCAGUAUGUUUACGGAGUGCUGUUUAGCUUGGCAGAAAGCAGAAAGAAAACUGAGAGACUUGCUUUUAGAAAGAACAGACUUCCACCAGAAUUUCCGCCCGUGAUCAUUAAGGAGUGGGCAGCUUACAAAGGGAAGUCUCCGCAGACACCGGAGCUGGUGGAAGCGCUUGCCUUCAGGGAGUGGACCUGCCCCAAUCUCAAGCGGCUGUGGCUGGGGAAGGCGGUGGAGGACAAGAACCGCAGGAUGAGGGCCUUCCUGGCCUGCAUGAGGUCAGACACGCCAGCCAUGCUCAACCCGGCCAGUGUGCCCACCCACCUCACGGUGCUGUGCUGCGUCCUACGGUAUAUGGUGCAGUGGCCUGGAGCACGGAUCCUGCGUCGCCAAGAGCUGGACGCCUUCCUGGCUCAGGCGCUGUCCCCCAAACUCUAUGAGCCUGACCAGCUGCAGGAGCUCAAGAUUGAGAACCUCGACCCCCGAGGCAUUCAGCUGUCAGCUCUCUUCAUGAGUGGUGUGGACAUGGCCCUGUUUGCAAACGACGCGUGUGGCCAGCCGGUGCCCUGGGAGCACUGCUGCCCUUGGAUGUAUUUUGAUGGGAAACUCUUCCAGUCCAAACUCCUCAAAGCAAGCCGGGAAAAGACCCCACUCAUCGACCUCUGUGAUGGUCAGGCCGAGCAAGCUGCCAAGGUGGAAAAGAUGCGGCAGAGCAUCCUGGAAGGGCUGAACCUCUCCCGGCAGAGCCACCCACUUCCCUUCCCACCGCCCGCAGCGCUGCCUUUCUACCCUGCCUCCGUGUACCCCCGGCACUUCGGGCCCGUCCCCCCGGCUCAGGGCCGAGGGCGGGGCUUUGCAGGAGUCUGUGGCUUUGGAGGCCCCUAUGGGGAGACUGUAGCGACAGGCGCUUACCGUGCCUUCCGAGUGGCAACGGCAGCGGGACACUGCGGAGCCUUCUCUGGCGGUGACAGCAGCAGGACUAGCAAGUCGCAGGGUGGAAUCCAGCCUAUACCUUCUCAGGGAGGGAAGCUAGAAAUAGCUGGCACCGUGGUCGGCCACUGGGCUGGGAGUAGACGGGGCCGUGGGGGCCGCGGGCCUUUCCCCCUACAGGUAGUUUCUGUUGGAGGACCAGCAAGAGGGCGUCCAAGGGGAGUGAUUUCCACCCCGGUGAUCAGAACGUUUGGAAGAGGCGGACGGUACUACGGCAGAGGCUAUAAAAACCAGGGUGUGAUUCAGAGAUGUCCAGCUGAGCAGAAGACACUCAGACUCUGAACAGGUUUACGAGAGGGAGGGGAACCCGCCCUUGCUGUGCUCCAGUCCAGAGCCUGUCCUGUGCAGACAGCCUGCGUGGUGCUGUUGGCCCUACUGGUUAUGGGGGCCUUCGGUAUGAAGCACAGACAGCCGUGUGGCGUGGCCUCUUCCUCGUCUCUGUGGCGUGCUCGUGUUCUUCAGAGACCCUGGAUCUGCUGGCUUCCCUCCCUCCCCGCCUGUUUCCUUCACUUUGUGGAAGGACGGACAGUGCAGCUCAUCGCCCAGUCUUUCUGCCUCUGGCCGGGCAUGUGCUGAAGGGGCCGCCCCCUGUGACCCAGCCACCUCUUUCUGGCAUCCUGGUAGUGGGUCUGGGUGCCGUGCCCGUCUUGGGUCUGUCCCACUGACAAGACUGAGGUUGACCUGUGUGCUUCUGUCAGCGGCACACGAGUCUUCGUGGUAGGACCUGUUGUACUGAUAUGCCCCUGACCGGAUCCAUUCAUGCACUGGAAAUUGCAAAAGGAAGAUACUCUUGUUCCAUCAUCUCUUUUUUCGUUAUUUACUGGUAUAUUUUUAUAAAGAGAUGAUUCUUUCCCUUGCCUCCUAUUUGGUACCUAUGACAGCCCCUGCAGAACGGAAACCUUGCCCACCCUGGCCGUGGGCUCUUUGUGUAGUGUCUGGUCUGUGGUGGCUUCCUUUGCGGGCAUUGCCUGGCCCAGCAGAACCACCACAUUCCUCUUAGUUCCUUGGGCUCCUCAGGACCACAGUCUGGGUGCCCGUGGCCCCUGACGCCUCACUGCUCCUCGUGCUCUGUGCACACAUAGUCCUGUUUCCUUGUGCAGAAAUAGACACGUGACAUGCCUGCUUUUUAUUAUAUUUUUUUAAGAUAACAGUCCUCAUGAAUUCACACUGAUGUUUCUAAUUUAAACCGAGGGCUUUUACUUACAGGACUUCUGUUGAAUCUCUCAUGUUAUGUCUACACGUGGGUCUCUUCCUUUCCUCACACCAAAUCACUGUUUCUGGGCUUUUCCUGUGGAUAGAGCUAGAGCAAGUACGUGCACACGCAUGUAUCUUGCACACAGACACACACACGUACACGCUGCCACGCACUCCGGCGUGCCAUAUCCACACACACGUGUAUGCUGCUACUUUUCUUCAGUGAAAUACCUCAGGAGUUUAUACUGACUCUCCUGAUUCAAAUUUAAGACUUUGGGACUUUGACCUAAAUGUUGCUGUUGGUAUCUAUGUGUCUUUUCUUGCACCCUGAGAAUCCAGGGUGAUUAAGUUAGAGUGCUCCCGGACUUGUCAUUGGCUUCGUCCCAGCUGCUCACACAGUGGCUCAGUCCCCCAGCUCUCACGUUUCUGAUGGUAGGUGUGCUGUUACCGAUUGUGUUGUCCCAACCCACAGCCUUGACCUGCCACCCCACCCGUGCCUCAUUUGCCCGGCUCCUGUGGAUGCGUGUCCUCUGCCCGCCAGUGGCGUCCCUCCAGGCUCUCCUCAGUGGACCCCAGGGAGGACCUAAUGGGAACGAGGGCAUGUUUGAAAGCCCUUUGCUUUCCUAACAGUCUAAAGUGGUGGUUCUUCCCUCCGCCUCAGGUGUCUCAUGCACGUUCUGUCAUUUUCUUCUGUCAUAAAGCUUUGAGUCAAGGACUGAAAGUAAAAGAAUUGUCUUUCCCUUGGAAGUCAUUUGUGGUUUUGGCCCAGAUGCCCAGAUUGUUCUUUUUCUCUGCCAAGGUGUAGUGAUACACCUCGCUGCUGGUCGUUUGGGGUCGGUGAACUCAGCACACAAUUGUACUCUUCUUAAACGCAGCCUCAGAUCUUGCCUUACAUCAGAAAGUUUUCUUGGAUUACUGUUUUUUCAUUUCUGUUGUUUUUCCUUGCCUGGUUUUCAUCUCUGGCGCUCCUGUUGAGCUCAUCCUGUGUCUGUCGCCAGCAUUUGUCAUGUCCUCCACUCCCUUUGAGGUCUUCGUUUGCAGUGGAGCUCACUUACGAUGCAGUUCACCUGCUUCAGGUGGCCAGUGGAGUCUGUUCUUCCUGUCAUGCAGCAGCACUGCUAAUUCCAAAACAUUCACCACCCCAAGGAGAAACGCCUUACUCCGGAGUGGCCACCUCCCAGCCCCUGACAGCCACGGAUCUGCUUUCCAUGCCUGUGGCCUUGCUCUGUGUGCGUGUCCUGUAGGUGCCUUGUUGUGGCACGCACCAGCACGUCAUUGCGUCGUGUUGCUGCGUGAUGCUCCGCCGUGGAGACGGGGCACAUUUGUCUGUCCGUUUAUCAGUUGAUGGACAUUUAGGCUGUUUUCACUUUCUUGGCUAUUAUGAGUAAUGCUGCUGUGAGCAUCUGUGUAUUGGUUCGGGUUUUCCCCAGCUUUAUUGGAUGUAAUCAGCGUAUACCAUUGCGUCAGUCCCAGGUGUACUGCGUAACGGUUCGAUACCCAUGUAUAUUGCAGAGUGGUCGCCACAGUAAGUCUAGUUAAUCUGCAUCACCUCGAAUAGUUACAACAAUGUAUUUUCUCGCGAUGGGAACUUUUGAGAUCUCUCUUAGCAGCUUUCAGGCAUGCAGUAGAGUGUUGUUCACUGCAGGCAUUGCCUUCAGGUGUUUGUGCGGACACACGUUUCAUUCCUCUGGGAGUGAAUUCCUGGGUCCUGUGGUCUUUCUGCGUUCAUACGCUUGAGGAACUGCCAGGCGCUGCAUGGCGGCUGCAUGCUUUUCCAUUCCCGCCAGCCGUGCGUGAGGCCUGGAUUUCUCCUCGCCCUCGCCAGCUCCUCUUGUCGUUUGUCUUUGAGUUUAGCUGUCGGGCUGGGUAUCUCGUUGUGGUUUGAUUUGCGUUUCCCUCUGUUUCUUUACGAUUUUAAGCUUUCCUUCCUUUUCGCCAUCUUCAUGUGUAACGAUGUUCAUUUGCUGUCCUAUUUCCCCUGUCGGGUCAUAUUUCGGAGCAGUCUUUGUUUCUCCAUUUCCCACCGCGCCUCCAGGCUUUCCUUGGUCUGCUCUGUGCCUCUCCUCUGUGCCCUCUGGCCUCUUCUGCUGCCCGCAGGGGCACGGUUCCUUCCCUGGUCUUCCUGUUGCUCGUUUUAGGUGACAUCAGUGUUGUUGCGCCUUGAGAAGCACAGAUGAUGAGGGGCAGCUGGCCUCCAGAGGGUUUCUGGCCCAUCUCUCUCGUUCAUGUUGCUGCUGCCCGGGCGGGUCGAGUGUCAGUGGGGCAGAGGAGGCAGUGCUGCCCUGUGCUCGGGGUGCCCUUCGUUGGGGGAGGGUGCCUCAUAGUAGCCAAGGCUUAGGGGAAGAAUCGGCUGUAGAGAGAGGGAAUGUCUGUUUCUGAACAGGCAUAGUCAUGACUGCUUUUGGGCUCCCUCCCCUGGCAUCCUCUGUACCUGCCCCCACGGUCUCCAGAGAGCUACUUUGGAGAGUUCCCAGUAAGCCAGCUCCCUGGCGGGGCCUGCGGGCGUCCUUGAGGUGGCGGCUGCACCAGCCCCAGCGAUGCUGCUGAAGGUGUUCGUGACUGGCAAGCGGACUCUUCCCCCGGAGAGUGAGGGCUUGGAGCUUUGGGAGCGUGUACUUGGAAAUCUUCGAUGUUCUUUCUUCCCCACUUCACCCUCUUGUAUUUUUGUAUUAAUGAUUUUUCUCAAGUUUCCAACAAAAUGACAGUAGUAUUGACUUGUGGAAAAGCUCACAUUCAUGUUUCUGAACUCUGGGAUUGAACACUAAAGUGAGAAGACCCGUGGGAAUUGAGCCCACAGGGGAACCAAGCCAGGAACCACGGGUGUGUGAGAGAGUGUGCCAGAGGCGAGGGCGAUGGGCACCUCCAGCCCCACUUGGCUGAGCAGGAAGGGCCUUUAUUGUCAACCAGGUGGACACCUUGGUUUUCAGAGUAGGGAAGACUGGAGACCAGACACACUGCCAUCUGGGGUUGAAAGGGAAGGAACUAGACCUGGAAGAUCUGUAGGCGGCUUUUCUGAUUCUGGGUCUCAGUUUCUUCACUGAAAAAUGACCGUUCAAAGGCAAAGACCAGGGGCGCCUGGGUGGCACAGCGGUUGGGCGUCUGCCUUCGGCUCAGGGCGUGAUCCCGGCGUUAUGGAAUCGAGCCCCACAUCAGGCU